AGCUGCCGUCGUGUCGGGAUUGGAAUGUUACUGACUAACAAUCGGAACAACUGAGCACUCGGUAAUUGGACACUAGGAUCAAGGAAUCCGGUCUUUUUGAACCUUUUUUCUUCGGCUAUCUGCUCAGUGAGAGGUGAGCGUCUGUUUCCCCCCUCGUAUCGACCGGAGAACUUCGCCCGCUGUGGAGGCUUUGUAUUGUAAAAAAGCAAAGCGCGUAUGAGGCAGUGAGGGGAGGUUGUGAGAAAUAAGAAGAGAAAUGCAGGGAUUCGUCAGGUUACAGUUGCACCGCUGAUCUGUCCCCCUGCACAACGACGCUUCCUUCCCCCUUUUUUUUUUUUUUUUUUUUUGCUUUCUCUUACGGGACCAUGGAGUGAUAAAACACGGGGAAUAGAACGACUACAGCUUGAGGCGUCUGGAUCUGGAUCCGGCGCGGCGACUGGGAUUUUUGACUCAGCCUGGUCAAUGUGUAACCGAGUUUAACAUCCAAAUCGGGGUAUACCUUUUCCUUUCUCCGUCUGGGAGAGCCUCGGGGACCCCUGCCGCUGUUCAGCCGGGGGGGAGAGAGAGUUCCCAGACGGCUGUCGGACAGUUUUUUCUCUCUUCUUUCCAUCUGAAUAGCUCCACACAGACAGGCUGAAUGAGGGCGAGAAGAAGCGCAGGGGAAGCGACACUCGUGUGCAUGUGAUUGUGUCCGAGAGGGUCCGGGCAGAACUGUGCGAUAUGGUGAAACUCUACAGAAGAGGACGAACGGGAAAAUACUUUUAUUAAAAAAAGAAAAAUCGCCCACAUGCACUGGAUCAAUUGCUGGAUUUGGGAACCGAAUACGCAGAAGGGGGGUUGGGGAUCCGUGGAGGCUGCCGGAGGAUGGAGCGGUGUAGCCGGGGUUGGUGAGAGCCUAACUUCGGGCUACUUUGCAUUUCUUAUUCCUACACGACUCGCCCCUGUUCCCAGGACACAUGCAGGCCAAAAAACGCUACCUGAUCCUGCUCUCCGCCGGUGCAUGUCUGGUGCUUCUCUUCUACCUCGCAGGGGUUCAGCUUCCAGCGGCGAGCAGGAGCCGGCAUGACCGCAGCCGGAACGGAUACCGGCCCGAGCAGCCCUGGCCCCACUUCUCGGACCCUUUACACCUUUUCUUGCCCUGGGAUCAGACGGACACCGAGGAGUACAACCUGCACAUAUCUCCGCGGCAGAAGAGGGACGUCAACACGAGUGUUUACAAAGGCAAGCGGUGCCGCAUGGACUCCUGCUUCGACUUCUCCCAGUGUCAGAAGAACGGAUUCAAAGUUUAUGUUUACCCGCAGCAGAAGGGGGAGAAGAUCUCGGAGAGUUAUCAGAAUAUUUUAUCCACCAUCGAGGGGUCCCGGUUUUACACCUCGGACCCCGGGCAGGCUUGUCUGUUCGUCCUGAGCUUGGACACUCUGGACCGGGACCAGCUGUCCCCGCAAUACGUCCACAACCUGAAAACCAAGGUCCAGAACCUGCCUCUUUGGAACGACGGCAGGAACCACCUCAUAUUUAACUUGUACUCGGGGACGUGGCCGGACUACACGGAAGACCUGGGCUUCGACAUCGGCCAGGCGAUGUUGGCCAAAGCCAGCAUCAGCACCGAGAACUUCAGGCCCAACUUCGACGUCUCCAUCCCCCUCUUCUCCAAAGAGCACCCGAGGACCGGGGGAGAGAGGGGCUUCCUCAAGUAUAACUCCAUCCCGCCUUUCAGAAAGUACAUGCUGGUGUUCAAGGGGAAGCGCUACCUGACAGGUAUCGGCUCGGACACCAGGAAUGCCUUACAUCACGUCCACAACGCGGAGGACGUGGUGCUGCUCACCACCUGCAAGCACGGCAAGGACUGGCAGAAGCACAAGGACGCCCGCUGUGACAAGGACAACGCCGAGUAUGACAACAGGCGUGCGAGAGGUGAAGCACCGUCUGCCCGGCACAGAAUCACUUCAUCAGAGUCAACUGUACAGAUACUGAGAGUGCACGAUGGAACAAAUGUGCAGGAGUUUUGCUUUUUGAUGCAGAGACUUUUUGACAUUCGUUUUAAUGACUUUGUACUUUUUGGCACAUCGAACCAGACUCCACCAGGGUUUGAAACAUUUUAAGGAUGGGCUCGUACUCAACGUGUGCAGCCUUUAGGGGAACAAACUCUUACUUUUUCUUUGCUCUUCUGGCUUGGAUCUUAAAUUGUGGAAUGCUCCGUUCACACAUUUUAAGCACUGUGUGUGUAUAAGGGUUUAUGCAGAACAGUUAAGAUGAGUGAUUGAUCACAGGGAGACACGCUGGCAGGAACACCUACCAAAUUUAAUAAACUCCCAUUUACGAGACCCGCAAUAAAAAAACGGCUUUGUGAGGCUUAAAUUAUUCAACUUCGGCGGAGCAAUGAUUUUUCAUUUAGUCAUGAAAACAUGACAUGUGUUCCCAUUUGCUUCUCAUCUCUAUUUUCUUCAUCUUUUUUUUUUGUAACCUUCGUUUAUUG